CGCUCAGUAUGUGCAGACGAGCUCGGCGUUGCCAUAGCAGCGCCGCAGGUCCCGCGAGAGUCGCUUCCCCUCCAAGAUGGCGGAGUCCAUAGAGCAGCUGGUGGCUUCCCUGCCCGGGCUGGAGGAGCCGUUUGAUGUGUUACAGGCCCUGAAAAUGGCGGCCUUGGCUCUGCCCCUCAGCACCCUGAAAGAGAGGGCCCCUGAGAUCCCCCUGGGGGCCAUAUUCUCCCAGCUCAAUGUUAAUGACAGAGAACAGGUCGCCUUGUGUGUUGCAAUCUUGGAACGGCUUCUUCAAGCAUUGGAACCAGUACAUGUAGCCAGGAAUUAUAAAGAAGAACUUCAAAGAGCACUCUAUCACCCUGAAGACUCUGUGAAAUUACUGACAAUAGCACAGGUUGGGCGAAUUGUAGAAAGUUCCGAGGCAAUAACUGAAAUUCUCAACAACCUGGAUUUAUUAAGGCAGAUAAUUCUGUGCAUCGGGGGAGAUAAGAUAUCUGUAGCCAAGGAGGCAAUUACAUGUCUUUCAAAAAUAUCUCAAACAACAUCAGGCUUGGAUAUACUUUUCAGGAGCAACUUGUUAAAAGACUUAAAGGACGUCAUGGCAAUCAGUGACAUUGUGCGUUACAGAGUUUAUGAGUUGGUGGUUGGAAUCGCUUCCAUGUCUGCGGAGUCUCUGAAUUACUGUGUGAACAGCGACCUAGUACCUCAAUUACUGCAGGAGCUCACAGGACAUGAUAUACUAGUCCGAGUAACCUGCGCAGAGAUGAUAACCUCUUUGGCCAGCACGUUACACGGACGUCAGUAUUUGUUACAGCAAGGCGUGAUUGAUAAAAUUUCCAACAUGAUUGUUGGAGCAGAUUCCGAUCCCUUUUCUGGGUUUUAUUUACCAGGAUUGGUAAAGUUUUUUGGAAACCUUGCUGUCAUGGACAGCCCUCAGCAGAUAUGUGAACACUAUCCAGCUUUCCUUGAAAAGGUUUUCAGCAUGGCAGAGGGCCACGAGACUACCAUGAUUGGUGUGGCUGUGGAUACGCUCGGUGUCCUAGGUUCAAACCUUGAAGGAAAACAAGUUCUACAUAAGACAGGCAGCAGAUUUCAAAACGUUUUCAAGCGACUCGGACACCAUGCAAAAAAUGCUCACAAUGAUCUCCGAGUAAGAUGUUUGGAUGCAGUCUCUUCUCUCAUGUUCCUACCGGUAGAGGAUCAUACAGAAGAUCUCUUGGCAAUGACUGAAUCGUGGUUUGUUGCCUUAUCAGACCAGCCAAUCAAUCUCUUCCGGAGCAUUGUCAGCCAACCUUUCCCUGAGCUGCACUGCGGAGCACUCAAAGUCUUCACUGCUACUGCAAAUCAACCGUGGGCUCAGAAACAAAUGAUUGGCAGCCCUGGGUUUAUUGAAUACAUUGUAGACCGGACAGUCGACCCAGAUAAAGAAUCCAAGGACGCCAAAUUCGAACUUGUCAAGGCGCUUGUGAAUUCCCCAACCAUUGCAGAAAUCUUUGGCAAUCAGCAUUACCUGAGGCUGCGUGGCUAUUUACGAGAUGGCCCUUACUAUGUCAAAGCCAUCUCUACUGUGGCAGUAGAAGGAGCUGAAUAGGUAGUGCUACUCCUAACCAAACUGACAUUCUCCGCCAUCCCUUUAAACGGACAUCUCACGGCACAGCAGUCAAAUGAAGGAACCAGAUGUUGGUCGACCAAAAAAAAAAAGCACUUAAAUAACAUGGAGGACCCAUUUCCACCUUAAAUAUACUACUGGAUAGUUUACUUUGUUAGGGCCUGGAAUUACAGUUUGUUUGGUUUUCUCCUUUUUUCCCACUGUGACUGUUGCUUAGAUGUUUUAAAUUGAAGUGAAUUCUCCAGAAUCCUGGUGCAUGCGGGUGUAUACUUUAGCAUGGGACAGAUAGGCAAUGGGGAUUGCCAUGGGCAAAGCUGGUAGACCCGUAGUAUUGUUACUGCCAACUGGAAGUGGGAUCUUUUUCCUGCUUGUCUUUCAUUGAUUGUCCUAUAAUGUUCAGAUCCGUUUUGUAUCCUAUACAUUUUAACGGGUCUGUCAUACACAAAUGUUUGGCCAUGUUUCAUCAUGCUAUCAAAUGAAAUGAUAUUCUUA